AAUAUCAUUACAAGGGCAAUACACACAAAAAUCAGAUGUGUCAAUUUUAUUUUUAGAAACGGUUGCAGUCAUAAAGUAAUUGACAGAAUAAAAUGUAAAUUUCAGCAUAUUUUUUUCACACAAAAAUGUGUUAGUGCGUAGAAAUGUGAUCAGGCUGAGCUCAUGGUCUUAUGGAUUACACAAUUUUCGCCAUAAUUUAAAUAAUUUUCAUUGGACGCAGUACUUCCUGGUCAACUUUUAAACGUUUCAGUGAUAAUACAAAACAGACAUUUGUCAGUAACACAUAACAAAAUAUUUGAAAAUGAAGGAAUUUAAUAAAGAUUACGGAUUAUUAAUUCUGUUGUUGGUAUUUGGAUGUGUGCGUAUUUUGAGAGCUGAUGAUGUGAAUGAAGAAAGUUGUAAAUCUACUCAUUGGCAAUGUUUAAAGAGUGGAAAAUGCAUUCCGCUUAGCUGGAAAUGUGAUUCAGAAGGUACCGACUGUGGGCCUGAUGACGACUCCGAUGAACAAAACUGUCCUCCAAAGACCUGUGCAGAUGAAGAAUUUAGUUGUCCUAGCACUAGCCAGUGUGUGCCUAAAAGAUGGGUAUGCGAUGAUGAUCCUGAUUGUGACAAUGGAGAAGAUGAAGCAGAUUGUGUCAGCAACAAAACAUGUGAUCAACUGGGCGAAUUUGAUUGCUAUGGUGAUAGUUCCUUUUGUAUAGCCAUUGAAAAAGUAUGUGAUGGUAAAAAUGACUGUCAGCGCAAAGAAGAUGAGGACAGUGCUCUCUGUAAACUUUCAGACCGUGAUCCAUGCUUGCAUCACAAAUGUGGUGACCAUUCUCACUGUGUAAACAAGGCAUAUUCCGACAGCACACUUGUAGCUAAAUGUGAGUGCAACAGUGGAUACCGAUGGGUAGAGGAGGAGAAAUUGUGUAAAGACAUUGACGAGUGUGAACAGCCAGGUCUCUGCUCUCAGAUCUGUAUCAAUACUAGAGGUGGCUAUAAAUGCGAGUGUUUUCCCGGCUAUACCAUUGAGAGGCAUUAUUUCUGCCGAGCUAAUGGCGAAAAGGCAUGGUUGUACUACACAAAUCGUAGGGAUAUUCGUAGACUGAGGACUGACUCUAGAUACAAGGAAAUUAUUGUUGAGGAAACAACUAACAGCAUUGCUUUAGAUAUAGAUUAUGAAGAUGGUCUGAUGUUUUGGACAGAUGUUGGCACUGAAAAAAUUAUGAGAGCCAAGGUUGGUGGUGAUGCGGUUCUUGCUAAUGAUAUUCAAACGUUGAUCAGUAAUGAAAAGGGAGAUGCCUUUUCCCCAGAUGGACUUGCUGUUGACUGGCUGUACAAGCACUUCUACUGGACUGACACUGGAUCUGAUACCAUAAGGGUGGCAAAUUAUGUUGGAAACAAGUCCAAGACACUCGUCUCAACUGGUCUUGAUGAUCCAAGAGCUAUCUGUGUUGACCCAGAAAAUGGAUAUAUGUACUGGACAGAUUGGGGUCAGAACCCAAAGAUUGAGAGAUGUGGAAUGAAUGGUGAGAACAGAGAAACAAUGGUGAAUGGUGGUGAUGAUUUGCAAUGGCCUAAUGGACUCACUAUUGAUUAUAUUGGAAAGCGAAUUUAUUGGAUUGAUUCCAAACUGCACAAAAUUGGUACUGCUAAUUUUGAUGGAAGUGGCAAGGGACAUGUUCCUGUUGAUGCAACAGUGAUCGGUCACCCAUUCUCCAUCUCUGUAUUUGAAGAUUCUCUUUACUGGACAGACUGGCACACAAACUCCAUCCGUUCAAUCCAUAAGAUUACUGGUAGAAAUGCUAAGACAUUGUCCCUUGGUUCUUACUCUGUGAUGGAUAUAAAAGUCUACCAUGAACUGAGGCAAAUAAGAGACUUCAAAGAAAAAGCCAAGGACUUGUGCAGAAAUGCCCACUGUGAAUACAUGUGUCUGCCAGCAGCCAAGAUAAGCGGUAAUGCCACAGUAUCAUGUGUUUGUGCUGACAACCAACAGUUGAAAAGUGAUAAAAGAUCUUGUAUGCAUUGAAUCUCAGAUAACUGAACAUAUUCAUAUAGAAAAAAUCGUAAUAAUAAAGUGCAAAAUAUA